AUGGCCCUGCCCGGCAAGGUGGAGCUGGCCGAGGCCCUGGCGCUGGGGCCCGGCUGGCGGCAUGCGUGCCACGCCAUGCUCUACGCGCCAAACCCGGCCUUGCUCUUCGGCCGCAUCCCGCUGCGCUACGCCGUGCUGAUGCAGAUGCGCUUCGACGGGCGCCUGGGCUUCCCGGGCGGCUUCGUGGACGCGCGGGACGGCUGCCUGGAGGACGGGCUGAACCGGGAGCUGCGCGAGGAGCUGGGCGAGGCGGCGUCGGCCUUCCGCGUGGAGCGCGCCGACUACCGCAGCUCGCACGCCGCGGCCGGGCAGCGCGUCGUGGCGCACUUCUACGCCAAGCAGCUGGAGCUGGAGCAGCUGGCGGCCGUGGAGGCCGGCGCCCCGCAGGCCAAGGACCACGGGCUGGAGGUGCUGGGCCUGGUGCGGGUGCCCCUGUACACCCUGCGUGAUGGUGUGGGAGGCCUGCCCGCCUUCCUGAAGAAUUCCUUUAUUGGCACUGCCCGGGAGCAGCUACAGGAAGCCCUCCAGGACUUGGGACUGCUGGAAUCUGGCUCUGGCUCUGACUCAGGGCCAUAGACCUCAGUAGACACCACCCUCCCUGGAAGCCUGGAACCCGAGGUGAAGACGUGGGUUCUGGGAGUGCAGGGCGGGGACAGGGGACGGUUUUCCCCUCUGUGCCUGAGAGAUGAGAAGUGAGACCAGAUUAAAAGAAGGAGAUGUGUGUGCAGUACCCUGUGAGCAUCCAACUCAUGACAUCAGAGGCAAAGACACAGUGCAGCCCUGUGCCCUGCCCGAUGCCCAGAGCCUGCCAGCACCCUGUGCAUGUGCACACAGAUGACCUGGUACCCACAGGCAUGCACGUGCCCACACAGCCUGCCAUCUUCACCCCAUUGCGCCCAGGAUAACUUUGAAUCAGAAAGUGGCACCAGGGGCUGGUGGUCACUAUACCUUGCUCUUUGUUGGGGUGGGAAGAGCUAUGAAGGAAAUGAAUGUCUCUUCCCAAACUCCCACCUGGCUGCUCCCCUGGGUGUAGCCCGCCCAUGUUUCUUGGGGAGGACAGAGGCAGACGACUGUGUGUUCUCUGAAAGUGGUCCCAGUCUUACCUGAGUGUCGGCCAAAGCAGAGGGCCAUGAGAGAGAGAGAGCUGUUCCCUUCCCUUUUCUUCCCCAGAAUCAGCAGAAGGGGUCAAGAAGUGGGUGGGUCUCCUUAGACUGACCUGAACUUAAGGCCUCUGGAGUCCUGGUUCCUCUCCUCCAGGGCUGUCAUCUUUGGGGCCCCUUAGGCCCUGGAGGAUCAGAAGGGAACCUGACCCAGUUCCUGUCUAGCCCUGCCCUGCCCCAAGAACCUCCCAGGAGAGGAGGACAAAUUGUUGGGUUUGGAGGCACUCAGUCUUAUAACAGACAUGUAUUGUACUCCUCCUAAAUGCCAGUUGCUCUGAAAGGUAUCUCAGAAACCUGUAGGCCUUGCCAUUUAAGACUCUAGAGCAGGAUCAGCAAUGUUGUGUUUGA